AUGAAAAAUAAAAAAGCCGUUCUUUUUUUACUACAUUUAUCAGUCGUCCAGGCGGAGAGCAAGCACUGGAAUAGAGACGGAGUAGACAAGAUCACUUUUUUAGAAAGCGAGCUAGAGCUGCGCAACUUUUUGGCGAGGUCAGACAAAGCGCUCGUUUCUUUCUGCGCGCCUUGGUCAAAAAUAUGCAAGGAAUUCUACCAGCAAAUGAAGCUGAGUGCAGAACUGGUAUUUUACGACCGCCCAAGAGUGAACUUAGCACUUGUAAACUGCGCCAAAGAAGAGACUGACGAUUUAUGCGGCAAUGAAGGAGUCGAAGAGUACCCUCAUCUGAAGUAUUACGAAGAAAGCGAAUUCAAAAUAGAGCCAAAGGUUCGGACAGAAGAGCAAAUCACAAAAUUCGUGAGGGCAAAAAGUUUGGUCGCUUCAAAGCACAUCCGGAGCAAGAGCGACUUUGAUGAGCUGCUCAAUCAUCCACAGCCAGUUGUGGUUGGGUUCUUCGAUUCUAAGCAAGGCACAGAUCAAUGCGGAAACGAAGAAGAAGACGAUGACAAUACUCACUUUAUGUACAAAGGUCAAUAUUUUAGGUUCUAA